GUGAUUCAGUCGCUCCCUCCCAACGGCAGCUGCUUCACCAAACCACCACCACCCCCCUCCACUCCUCCUCUUCUUUCCCUUUCUCUCUACGUGUGUGAGAGUGUGAGCGCGCGUGUGUGUGUGCGUGUGUGUGUGUGUGUGCAGGAAGACGAAGCGGCGCGCAAGAGGAAGCACCAAGGACGUCCUUUAUUUUAUAUAUAUAUAUAUAUAUAUAUUUUUUACCAACCCCCUGGAGCCGGAGAUGCAAGGGACGAGCAGUUAGAUUAACCCGAGCUGCUGUUACCUGCUGCAGGAUAACUUCGUUCCUGAGGGUGAAGCUCAGCUCCUCUGAUCCCUGUGUUGGUGUGUGAGUGUGUGAGGAGGAUUCCAGGCGGUCGCAGGACGGAGAUUUGGCAACGAAGGACUUCUACUUUUGCGCAACUAUUGAAUGUAACAUCGCUCGGAUAAGGAAGGCAGGGAAUUAAAAGCCAUCAUCAUGAAUUUCGUUAUGAAGCAAGCGUUGGGGGGGGCCACCAAAGACAUGGGUAAGAUGCUUGGUGGGGAGGAGGAGAAGGAUCCCGAUGCUCAGAAGAAGGAGGAAGAAAGGCAAGAAGCCCUGAGGCAACAGGAAGAGGAGAGGAAGGCCAAAUAUGCAAAAAUGGAGGCAGAGAGAGAAAACAUCCGACAGGGCAUCAGGGAUAAGUACGGCAUCAAGAAGAAGGAGGAGAAGGAGGCCGAGGCGGCGGCUGCGAUGGAGCAGGCCUCCGAGGGCAGCCUCACCCGCCCGAAGAAGGCAGUUCCCACCGGCUGCGGCGACGAGGAGGAAGAGGAGAGCAUCGUGGACACGGUCAUGAAGUUCAUCCCAGCGCCGCUCAUGGAUAUGUUCAAUAAAAAGUAACCGUGUUUUUUGGGGGGUGAAAUGUGAUCUUACAACGUUCAUCUAAUCAAUGCUGUACAACUCCUGCAGUCACACCUUCCUCCACCUCCUCCUCCUCCUCCUCCUCCCCCCACCCCCGUCCGACACAACACAACUAAUAAGUGUCCUGGAUUCGUGCCAUGACUUUGUCCUUGGGUCAAACUGUCUGAUCCCAGACGGUGAUUCAUACUUUUUAAAUGUCUCUGAUGGCCCAGAAUUAAAAAGUGUGUAACACCGGAUCUUUAACGUCAAGGCAAACUGAUGCCACGUUUCCAAAAUGUCCGACACUUAGACCCGACAUCGCCUAUCAUCCACCCUUUUUUUUGUUUGUAAAUAGCCUCGGUUAUAUAAAAGAGUACUAUAUAUGAGUGAAAUAAUAUGACGUAUAUCGAGAUGACUAAAGAGUAUAAGCCAUAUUUUUAACUUUUAAGAAAUUAUCCAAAUCAUAUCGAAAUUUGAUUCAAUUUUGAUUCAAUGUUACGUUCUUGCUAAUAAUAUUUGUUACAUGAGGUGUAUAUAAAUAGUCGCAUUUCUAUUGGUUGCCCGUUGUGAGGAUUCGAACCGUCCCUCUCCUGCUCUCGCUGAUUUACUGUGAACGUGUGACACGAGCAGCGGUGAAGUCGAACCAACGUCUGAACACCAGAGAGUGGAGGAAGCAAUUUGAGACGUUUUUCCUUUUAUUAUUAUUUUAUUUUUUAAAGCAUGCAGUAAACUGUGGUGAAGUGAAGUACAUAUAUGGAUACCAUUAUUUGUUAAUAAUUAUAAAUACGUUGAUAUUUGAGGCAAUAACUGGUUUUCCAUUUUGAUUUAAUUGACAUCUCCACCGUGUACAGUAAAGCGAUAAUUGACUCUGUCUAAAAACGUUCUUCCAUGGGGAAAACUAUAAACGUUCUCCAUACGUAAAAAAGUUCUUUAAAUUCUCUAAAUUCACUUGCUCUACAUGUUCGUGGUUUCAGAUUUGAGUUGAAUGUCCAGCAGCAGGUGUCGCUCGCUCUGCUUUCGUAACGUUUCGACCAGGCUAGUUGAUUUUAAACUGCAUUUUCAUGACUUUUGUUUUUGUAAGAAAAAGUGGAGAAAAAAAAAAUCACAUUUCACAAACUACGUUGUGAACACACACACUAUGUGAACAGACAGUGACAAUAGUGCAAUAUAUUGUUCGAAAAAUGAAGUUGUCCUGUGUCCGUUGGUUUAACUGAUGGGAGUCGAGUCCCGAAUCAGCAAUAACAGACAAUCUUCAUUGUUGCGUGUUUAAAGUUACUCCUUAAUGUGUUAGUCGGUGUUAUAAAGAUGCGGACGUUGUCGACAAACCGUAGUGAACGUGACGCUUUUGUAGGUCAGACGUGUUUAAUUAGAACAGAGGAAGGAGGGAAAGUGUUUCGUAUCGUGAAAAACGUUUCAGUCGCACGUCGACGAGGGUUCGUGUUUCGACGAACGCAGGUUUUCAACAAGCAGACAUUCGAAAAAUCAUGCAGAGAAACUCUCUUUUUUUUUUUUUUUUUUUUAAAUAAUAAUAAAAAAAAAGCCUUGUGCCCUGCGUGAAAGAUCCACAAGAAAACAUGUACCUGCUCCGUAGAGCCUCGUCUGUCGUGCAGGUUGUUGCGUAAUGGCACAACUUUCAAGGCGAGGAUGAAAUCGAGUUGUUCUCCAUUAUGCCUUGUGUUUUUUUAUUUCUCCUUCAUUCCACAGUGUCUUGUUAAAACAUUCCAGAUAUUUCCGACAUUCCUCCAGACCUGUGCUGGUGACACGCAGGUGUAGAUUUACAGUAGGCCUCAGUAAAUGCCUUUAUUAGCCUUUUACAAUGAGCAGGCUAAACGACGUUUUUAUUUAUUUAUUUCAUGCUGUUACAACCCAGAAACUGAUCCUACGGUGAAUCGAGUUAAUGCAGAGAGUUACUUUAGCUGCCAUGUACAGAAAAUAAAAUAAAUAAAAAAUCCCAACAUGAAAUCUAGGGGGUUAUUAUAAAUGUGCUGUUAGCAGUGAUCAGUUAAAUCUUGUGAUAAAAUUUAGCCGAGAAAAAUGUUCUUGUGGUCCACUCGCGCACAGUAGCUGUAGGUGUGAUUAAGGUUUUUACUAAAACCAGCCACAUUAUCACUGUUUUUAUUAAUCUAGCUCGACAUAAUUCUAAACUCGUGUUCCUGUGGCGUAGACGGGGGGGAAAUUAGCUUUUUCUCUGCGCUUUGUGAGUGAGCUCUGUAAUCAUGCUGAAGUUACUGGAGAAAAAAAAUAAAAAAUAAAUAAAAAAAACAACAUCCAUCAGCAGGCGCAGCGUGGUACGGUCACCUGUAGAGCACAUUUAUUGAACUUCCUGUGAUUUUAAUGUACUUGUAAACUGCCUUCGCGAGCCUCUGUUAUUUUCCGUGCUAGCAGGUAGUCGGCAGCCGAUUCAUGCACUCAGAUCCAUUAUCAGAGCAGUUAUUCAAUCAAACCAAAGAAUAGUAAUACUAGUAGUAGUAGUAGGAGGAGUAGUAGUAGUAAACAUGAGGUUCCAUAUUACUAUUAUUAUUAGUUUUUUUUUUAGUUCCUGCAUCUUUAUUUUGAAAUUCUCAGGUAUUCUAGCUUUACGUUUGACUAGACGUUAACCAUACCUAGCCUAUAAUUACUCUCUCUGCUACAGGAUUCAUUGAUAGUGGCCUAGCGAGCCUCGAGCAACUUUUAUUUACUUCACGAGAGACAUUAUCUCGUGUUUGGCCCGAGAAAACACUAGAAAGCUACAAUUACUGCCCCUGAAAGGGAACCUCCCAGCCAAAACACCUUAGAAAAAAAACAAAAAAACAUUAGCGUCUUCAGACCGCCGGCCUUUUCCAACCUGGCGGCUCUGAAAUCAGAUCAACUCUUCUCACAUCUCAUCCACUAAUACCAUCCUAACUCAUUUAUCGCCAUCUUGUAAAUGCUGAUUGAUUGCGCUCCAAAUGGCUUCUAGACCACUGCCUGAGAAACAAACUGCCCCGAGUCAUGCGUAAUCAAUAUCUCGUCGUCCGGUAGGAACCCACUACGCUCACACAGCCGUUAAUGGGAUUAAAAAAAAUACAUAAAUAAACAAAAAAAAUGCCUGGAAAACAUGGCAUGGCUUAAAAAAAAAUUUAAAAAAACUCUUUUGAUGUGACUUGAAUGUAACUGUCUGACGUUUCUCUUCUUCUUGCAUCUGUCUUUCUCUGUUUUGUACGUGUUGAGAAGAUGUUUACUCUGGUGCAGUAUUUUUCUUUUUAUAUAUAUAUAUUUUUUUCAAUUUCUCGUCUGUAGCCGGUCCUGUUCCUGUCCUCUAGUGGUUGGUAUUUUUGAGACAACAGCAACAAAAAAAAAAAGAGACAUGUUCACAUGGUGCAUUUGUUUUGUACUGCAGAAUCUUCUCACCCUUCUCCCUAUUCGUUGACAAAAAUGUAUGCAUGCUAAUGGUGUGCGAUGUAGGCAAGGUUGUUGAUAUAAUCGUUUCGUGUCCUCUCUGUGUUUCAAAGCGCCACCUGUUAGCCUCACUGCAUGCCAUUUUAGACGACUAAACUUCAGUCUGUAACUUUCCUGCAAAAAUGGAAUCACCGCACACUGAGAAUAAAGUGAUUUCAUAUAA